AUGUCCUCGUCAAGCGCCCAAUCGGCAACCGCAACUGACGUCAAAAUGGAGGUCGCCACUGUAGAGCGUGCCUCCCUGGGGGAGUCUCCGCUGGCUAGUGAAAGUAAUGUCAAACCGUUGCCUGUCUCAGCCUCACCGGGAACUGCGUUCCUGAGGGACUUACUCACCGACCUGGAGAACAUCCUCCAGCGGCCCUUAUGCAUGGUCACUUUGGCCAAAGACCCAGUCAUCACGGAGGACAUCAGCGAGGGCAUCAUCGACAUAGUCGACGCCCUCACAGACACCUUCGCAGACAUCCAGAAUCGAUUCCUCAACAACGAGGAGGUCAUGCACUCGAAAGUUGACAAAGGGGCAUCUGCCAUCUUCGCCGCCAUCAUCCGACAGUGCGCUGGCGACAUGGACCCCUUGGGGGUGCCCGCACAUACUAACUCUGUGCCUGAGCACAUAAAGUCCACCAUCGCAAAGGGCAUCGAGGCAGGCAUCCACGUGGUGACCGUCACCAUUGAUGCGUGCCUAUCUGCCAUCAAAGCCACCCUGGCCCGUUUCCGCCCACUACUGAAGACAGCUGCCAAGGCACCCUCACUGCUGCCACCGCCGACCGACAAAACCUACCACACCUUGCUCACUUCAGAGCAGGUAACCCACAUUUGUGCAACCGCCCUUGCCAUCUGGUAUCAGCGCAUUACCCAGCGAAUUCAGAAAGCAGAAGCCUGGUCGAAGGUAAUUUUUCAUGGCAUGCGCCUUGCCCCAAACAAGAUGCUCCUUACUUUCUCUCAUGACUCUCCAGAUACCCUUAUUCGAGAUGCUCUGCAGGCCAUCUGCAUCAUCCUCAAUCUUGAGCCCCACGCUGCCUCCCCAGUCCUGGCGGGUGCACGCACUGUCAUGCUGCCCCAGGGUUUUUGUCCCGUUCUGCCUACUGUUAAACUGUUCAUUCUGGCGUGCCUGAGGUGCCACCCCGUGAGCAGCUCUCUGCUCACCGGGGAAGAAAUCAUGACCGAACUUCAUACCAACCCCGUCUUCACGGACGUUUACUUCAAUGGCAUACCUGCCUUCACCACCUUUGCGGGGCCGGAGGACACGCGGGAGCGCGCGUCCCUAAUUUUUUCCAUCAAAGACCUCAAGCGGGACUUCUGUUCACGUUUCUUGAUUGGCCACGACAACCGUGGCGAGCCCUCCAUGUCUGUUUAA